AUGCUUUGUUUAUGAAAGGGGGUGGGUGGACUUUAGGUUCACUAUUCAGAUAGAACUAUGUCAAAACUUACUAGUGCAGUGAAAGGUAUCUAUUGUGAACCUGUUAAAACUCUUCUGCAGUUUUCUUGAAAUUGUAAAGCUUCUUGCAAGUGUUGAAAAAAGACCCUCAGAACAUUUCAUGCUGUAAUCUAUGACAGGAGAUUGAGCCAGUGUGGAAGAUUGAUCUAUAUAGGCCUACAUCUUUGUGAGCAAUAGUGAGAGUUAAACUUUCUGCAUAUUUUUGGCUAAACCCCCCUGGGAUUUUGUGAUUCCUCAAGUUUACAUUCUUAAUCAGAACUUUACAUGUAAUUCAUAAAGGGAACUACUGCAUUGGACUGAGAAGAACUUAUUAGAUCUUGGUAUCCGUAAUGCUGCCCACCGUGCAAGACUGGUGUCUAAUCUUGUCUACAUCAGAGAGAAGCUCAAACGGACAAGUAUAGCUGGUUCCGGAUUACCACCUCUUGCCUCGACUCCUCCCCGUUCACCUAGGAACGUUGGUUCACCCAGCCAAGGACCAGCAUCACCGUCCAGGAUUCAUUUUAGAUACAGUUCAAUACCAGAGGAUCAACUCAGUAAGCCGCCUCCGUCACCAGUCAGGACCAAGAUGAGCCUUCAAGACAUGUCUCCGGAUGACCUUCGCAAGCUUCUUGAAGAGGAGUUCAAGCUCCCUAGUGAAGACGUUCGAAGCCAUGCCUGGUUUCAUGGGGGAAUCAGCCGUGAAAAAGCUGAGAAACUCAUUCGAGAGAAUGGCGAUUUUCUAGUGCGUGACUCUAUUUCCAAGCCAGGAAAUUUUGUGCUGACAGUCCGAUGGAAGGCUAUUCCAAUGCAUUUUGUUGUGAAUAAGGUAGUUCUUAAGGCUCACUCACCAUAUGCAAGCGUCCAAUAUCAGUUUGAGAAAGAGUGCUUCGACACGAUCCCUUCGCUUAUCAAAUUCUAUGUUGGAAACUGUAAACCAGUGUCUCAGGCAUCUGGAGCCGUUAUCCAGCGCCCAAUUAACAGAACUCUACCACUGAGCUACACUGACAAUAAAUAUGCUGCAACCAACAAGUCACACCCUGGUGGGUACAUCUAUGGACAACUGCAGAAGAAGGUUGUAACCCCUCGUAGGGGUUCAAAUGGACCUGAAGGAUUGAGGCAGAGGUCUGGCAGCAAUCCUACCCCAUUUCAUCUCAAUGGUGGGGUGGAGAAACAACUUGUGAACCGUGCUGACAGUCAUCCAUUGCUAGGAAGAAUCUCACCGUUAUCUCAGUCAGAAUCCUCACCGUCACCAUCUCCAUUGUCAAGGGAACAGAGGGGUUAUACCAGGACAGGCAGUGAACCCAUAUUGAGUCCCAGUAGGGAAUAUGGACAAGUAGGACCAAUUGAAAGUGACUAUGCAGAGACUAAACCUUGUUUGAAUACAUCAACUUCAGAUGAUGAAGGAAGCAUAUCAAUGACAUCAAUCGAUGGAUCCUCAACAACUGCAUCACCUUCCAGGGUUCCUUCUGUCUCACCUACACCACAAGUACAAGUGACUCCAGACCCAAGUGAACAAUCACAGCCAGAAGACAGUGCUGAUGCCAAGGACACAACAGAGUCAAAAACAGAGGAAUCAACUGUGUCUCCAACAGAGUCUGUGGCAGUGGCUACAACAGAGUCGCCAACAAAGUCUCUGACAGAGACUACAACAGAGUCUGCGACAGAGUCCACAACAGAGUCUGCAACAGAUUCUACAACAGAAUCAACACUACAGUCAACGUCAGAAUCAACCAUACCUUCAACCAUGGUGACUACUACUGUCGAGACCAAAACUCCAUCGCCCAAGAUCACAUCUUCUCUUGUGAGACCAAUCAUAAGAGAACAUAUUUACAGUGAGAUUGAUCAUCAAGAAACUGUUAUAGAUCCUAAAGACUCAAUUCGAUAUACCAUGUUACAUGAUGAAGAUACAAGUCCUGCUAUCCCACCGAUCAUACAAGAUCCUCAAGAAUCAUCACCAGGCCAGAUCGAAGGACAGAACCUUGAUGUGAAGCCAAGGAAACGUGUCAAUUCUGGAACGCGAUUCUCGGUUCUUGAUAGUGACUACUCACGGGUUACACACCGGUCAUCACCUAACCAUCUUGAGAAGAAACCUCAAACCUUGCAAACUAUUCUUCCUCUUAGAGAAACAGAAUCUAUCUUCCAUCCCCAAGACUUUGUGUCGUCGCUCUUGGAACCUGAGAACAAACCUCUUGAUAAAACCUGUAUGGAUACCAUCAGACAGAUGAUGCUUGAUGCAAAUCCUUUAGCCCUUGCCAGACAUCUUACACUUGUUGAUACCGAGGUAUGUAGGAUAGGACAUGGUAGUAACAACAACUCAAUGCCAGGUUUGGAGUUACUCUGCCUUCCUCAUGGUGGCCAAUUCAGAUUAGACAUCAUUGAAAGGCACAAUUCACUGAAGAUGUUUUGUAUGGCAACCCUGUUAACGUGUGAAGAUUUAGAGGUUAGAGUUCAAAUUCUCCACCAAUGGAUUCAGCUAGCGGAGACGUUACGUGGUUCCCUUGGUAACUUAUUCAGUUUCUCUACCAUCAUGGAUGCCCUAGCAACCAAACAGGUUGCCUAUCUGAGAAGCACAUGGGACCAACUGAGAUCUCGUUUCACCAACACCGCUGUCAACUACGACACCAAGUUACGUUCCUUGCUGAAGUCCAUCAAUGCUGGUGAGAACGUGGUCCCGCUUACCAAGACCAGCCUUCCACACAUCCUACCCAUCAUCCAGCUCCUGGAACGGGACUGGUCCACAGCCCUGGACCGAGACUGGUCCCAGACCGCCACCAAGGAUGUCUUAGACUCUGUUCCUAAUGGUGAAUCAUGGGAGGAGUCUGCUCCAUCCUAUGGCCUAGACAUCAUCCUCAGUCAUCUCCAGAACGCUCAUAUGUUGGCCCAACAGACCAAUCUCUACCGUAUCAAUGCUCAUGCUAAACUUGCUAAACAUCCACCAGAAGAAGGUCUCUUGGAUGCAUUCAAGACAGAGCUUCAUCUAAGGCUCCUAUGGGGGAGUAAGGCUACCACUGACAAUGCUAUGGAACGCUACAGACUCCUACAACAGGUGCUCAGUAUCAUGGCUCAAAAACUGGAGUUUGCGAGCAAUAGUGUAUGACGCAGGAUAUGUGCUACAUACAUCAUUAUAGAGAAACAACUUUCUUGUGAUGACUGUAAGAGAGAUGCUCUCUUCAAGCUAAUACAUGGACAUCAAACAAGCUCAAGUUUUCUCCUUUUUUUCAGAAGACCGUAAUCAAAUUAGGACCCCAACAAUUAUUAGAGACCGUUACUUAAUCAGGUGUCUUUUGCGAGCCUAAUUGAUAAAUGAAAUACAAGAAAACUAUUAUUAACCAAAGUAUUUUAAAAAAAUUUACUGAAUCUCCAUUUUCUUAAACUCUGACAGUGAUUUGAGGCUCAAUGAACUAUAUUUCUACAGAAUAUAAGCAAACAUUGAUUUUUUUUAGGAGUUUUUUUUAUUGAAGAGCAACAUCUUUUAUUCCAUUCUAAUGAAACUAAAAGUAAUAUUUUCCAUCCAAUAUUGCUGAGAUAUUAAAUUGUUUUCUAUUGAUAUGUAUGCAGGUAAAAUAGACUCAAAGUGAAGAGCAAUAAAUGUACCCUUUAUCAUGAUGAAGAAAAAAAAUGAUUUUGAAACUUAGUUAAUAAGUUUUCAUCAUGUGUAACAAAUGUUGCAUAUUGAUCUGAAUAAAUAUGUUUGGUUUGUAUUCAUUUUAAAAGAAGAAGAUUGUUAAAUAUAUGUAUAAUUUACAGCAUUUUGUAUAAAAAGAAAGUAUUGAAGUGUAUAGAGAGUUCUUUAUAUUCAGAUAAAUUUCUGUUAACUGCCUCUGAGGGUGUUUCACAAAGAGUUAAGUCUGACUAGAAAUCAUGCUUAGUGCCAAUGUCCUUGUGAUAUCUAACGUGUGAUCUCAUUGGUAAUUACAUGAUAGCAUGCAUCCCCUUAGCACAAUCUGACCAAUGAGGUGAUGGGUAAUAUACUGUACCACUUGAAAUUUAAGUCUAAUUUUCAGUCACACUUGAAUCUUUGUGAAACACCCCCCUAUUGAUUAACUGUAAAAAUAGUGUACAGAUAUAAACAUUAUGCAGAGUAGAAAGUAUAUCCAUAGAUAAAAGUACCAGUCAGUGCGUAUAUGGUGUGUUGAAUGUUCACUUCCCUUUUUGGCAUUAUUUAUAUGUUUAUUUUUAAAGUUUAUACUUAAUCUGCAAUUUGAAAUAUAGGUUUGUGACUAAUUUGCUUUCCUCCUUACUUUUGUUUUCUCUUAUGGUAAUGUCAAAUUAGAAAUAUGACUUGAAAGUGACUUGACUUUUGGGAUUUUGUCAUGCGAAGAUAUAUAUUUAAAGAAUGGUUGUGUUGUUCUGAGUGAAUAACAUUGAUAUAGCUAUCAUAUGUGGUAGAUUGAGGUAAUCAGUAGGAUAAAGGCAACACAUACAUAAACUAUAGCCACCAGUGUGUGCAAUUUUGUAUGCAUGCAAAUGAAUAUGUGGUAUUUUCACGAUUAUUUGAUAUGCAUUUUUUUUUUUAAAGCACAUGAGUAAAAUAACCACCUACAUGUAAAAUUUGAGUAGAAUGUUAGGAUAUAGUUUCUUCAUUCUAGAUGUAGAACGGAGACAAUUUGGCAGAAGGUUUGAUGAAGUAUGCCUUUUGACCUAAAUUGUCAGAUUUUCAAUUUUCAGUUUCACUCUACUUUUCUUGAGUGCUGUCUUCAUUUAACAAUUUUGCAAAUGUGAAUGUUUAUGCCAUACUUGAUGUAAUAAUCCCUUUGGCAGCUCAUACAGAAGCUAUACUGGGAUGACAUCACCAAGAUGAAAAAAAUUUAGCCACAAAGUUGUUUUGUUUCAUUCAUUGUAUUAAUUUGUGCAUAAUGGUCGGCCCUUCUAAACUAUUGUCUAAUCCGGCUGGUCCCGCGUCUGCAUCUAGAGACAUCCCUAUAUACAAUGUAUGCCAUUUAUGUACCUUAUUUUCACAUGCCUAUAACAUGGGGAGUAAAAUCAUCAUUUCUUUGCAUUAACUAGAAAAAAGAAAAGAAUGUGAACUUUCUUGAUGAUUCAAUAUCUACCCAUAAUUUUUUUAAUCAUAGACCUUUAAAACCCGUUUCAAACAGGUGUGCUUUUUGAAAACUUGAUAAUCUGUAAAAGGCACGUUUUGUUAAAAUAGCAUUGAAUUGAAUUGAUACUCAUACACAUUCUAAAGGCAUCUUGUAUUUCUUGCUUCAUUUUCUUGUUCCCUUUCUUUUAUUUUCAUUCAAAGCUGCCCAUAAUCAUGUUCAUUCUAGUAAUUGCUAUUUAGCUGCCAUUAUUAUAACACUGUGAAAGAUUGAUAUAUGCUGCUUACUGCACUUUUUAAAAUUUCAUUUAAACUCACAAACGUUAAGGUUCAUGCACGUAGGUCUUAACUGCCAUUGCUAACACCUGACAUUGUAUUCUUUUGUGUUGUCAUUUUACUUUUUUUAAACAACUUUCUUGCCAAGUUUUCAAGCCAUUUUUGUGCUUAUCACGCAGUGGUGCUUAUUUUUAUUCUUAAGGUUGGAAGAUAUUCGAUUGAUGUUGCCUGUUUUUGUUAUUUUUGUCGUUGUUAUUUUCGUAGCAUAAGGGUUGCUUUUCGUUUUGUCAUUUACUUGUUAAGGUUUCUUAAACAUUGUGGGCAUAUUAAACAUGUGUACUUUUUAUCUUCAAGGAUUAAGAUUCCAUCUGCGUUUUAAUAGUUAGCCCUGUGUAAUUAUCAAAAUUGUAUUCUUAUUUAUCUGUUAUUAUGGCAAUAGCUUUUUAAAUGUUUUAUUUUCACCUUUUUUAUUGCAUUAGGUGAGGUAAAAUGGCAAUUCAGUUUUGGUAAGACCUAAAACACAAAAGUAAUGGGAGACUGUCCAAAUUAAUGUGUUGAGUAGCAAGAACUAGGCUUGAUAAGGAUACUGUGAAGCUAAAAAAGAAAGAAAAAAAGUGAAAAAUGCAAGAACUUUAAAAAAAAUUACAAGAUCUUUAUGCACUAAACGGGAUGUUUGUGGUUGUAUGUCUAUACAGAAAAGAAAUGAGGGAGCGGUUUUACCAUGACGAUCGAAUGAAAUGCCAUUUUAUUACACAUUGAGAAUGCAGUCAUUGAUUUUAAUAGCCCAAUGUAGGUCGAAAAGUGUCCCAGCUAUUGUGGUUAUUUCAGAAAUACACUGGCACUGUGUGAUAGUUGUUAGUGGAAUAUCUUCUGAUCUCGCACAUGUACAUGUAUCUUCAUAUAUUCAAUAUAACAACAUAUUUGAUCAGUAAAAGAUCAAUGUUUUUAUUUUGUUACUGAUGUGUAAUGUUAUAUCAUUCUUUUGUUGUAUACGUUAAUUGUGUUACAUUUGCUUUACAUUAGUGGGUUUAAUGGCUUUGACAGUAACCAGUUAUAUUCAUAUGACAGUUUGAAAUAUUUGAAACCAUAAUUUUUUCAUGUGACCCUGUUUUUCCUUCAUAACAAGCACAUUUGACAUCCUGAAAUUAUCAAGAGAAUACAAAACUAACCUUUUGUGUCUGAAUAUUUGUUCAUAUAUAGGUAUGUUUAAAUAUAUUACUGAUCAUCUUUCAAAAUAUAUUGGCUCUGACUUGAAAAUACAUUCAUUUUCUUGUAGCUCAAAUUGGAUAGUAGGGUAUCGACUAACAUAUGUAUGCGUGCUUGAUUAUUGUGACUGUGGUUUUUAAGCAUAUGAUAAUGAUAUAAUCCCAAUAUUCUUUUCUGGAUGCACUACAUUCUUUGUGGAUGUUAAUUUUUUUUCUUAUUUAAAGGGUUGCAUUACAUGACACUAUUGAAUUAAAAUCUGGUAAUACUGUGACUUUGAAACUAUUGGGUCAUGAAAUAUUACUUAUUACAAUUUGUAAAAAAAAAGUGAGUUUCUACCUUUUAUUACCCCCCCCCCAUCAAUGCUUUGCGCGAUAAGUCCAGAUUGCAGAAAUAUAAUUCCUGACUUUACUCUUACUCUUGCACAACUGUUAAGAUUAGCAUUAUAAUCAAAUGAGGAAACAUUUCUUUGUGUGCAAUAAUGAAAAAAAAUAACUGACCAGAGAUUAUGUCCUUCCACAGAACUUUCUUGGCUGAUUUGUAUUUUAUUCAAAAUAUUACAUGUUAUGCAGUGGAUGUGUAUCUUCAAGAUUUAUUGAUGAAUAUAGUUUUGACCUUGCACAUCAAUUUAGUUUCAUAAAGUACACUAAAUUUGCUUUCUUUAUUAACAAAAAGGUAAACAAAAUGAAACCAUUAAAGAAAUCAGAAAAUAAUGACAGGUUUUUAUAUAAUAAUAUUCUUGCUAGCACACAUUGAGUAUAUAUGUUAUGUUUAUUCUUGUACAUGUGUCUGGCUAUAUUGCCUUAUAAUUGAGAUAUAGUCAUGUAAAUGCACUCACUAUUCAUGGUUUUUAUAUUUCUUGUUAUUGUAUUUUUUUCUUGAUAUACAUGUAUAUGAAGCCAAUGUGAUUUUAUUUAUUUUCCAAUAAAAGGAAGUAUAAACAGUA